CACGCCCCUGCCGCAUGACAGUGGAGAUUAAUGGAUUCAAUAAACGCAAUGCACAAUGCAUUUUAACAUCCUAUUCUAGAUAAUCCACGGAUUUUACUUUGUAUUCUCCAUUAGAUCCCGAUGAUCUAAGGUAAGCAGAGGCUAUCGUGGAGGCACAGCACACGCUGCGGGGUCACAGGGGUGGGGGGGGGGAGUCGUGACUUGCAGCCCGGUGCUGUGGUCUCUUUAAACGCAGGGCGGUGAGCAGAUUUCCGAUCGUCCAUGAAGCGGAUUACAGCUUGAGUCGUGCGUCUGCUGCUACAUCAUCUCAGCUGAUCCGCAGGAUUCCCUUCACGGGGAAACAAACAAGCCCCGUCUGUAUGCUCAGCUCACCGCGGCACCAUGGAUUUCAACGUCAAAAAACUGGCUUCUGAUGCAGGGGUCUUCUUCACCCGGGCGGUGCAGUUCACAGAGGAGAAGCUGGGCCAGGCUGAGAAGACGGAACUGGAUCCUCAUUUAGAGAACCUGAUCAGUCGAGCCGAAGGAACCAAGAACUGGACCGAAAAGAUCUUGAGACAAACAGAAGUUCUCCUGCAGCCCAACCCGAUUGACCAAACUGGUGCACGGAUAGAGGGGUUCAUCUAUGACAAACUGGAUAAAAAGCUUCCCUCCAAGGCGACCAAUGCAGAGCUGCUGGGCCAGUACAUGCUGGAAGCUGCCAAUGAGUUUGGUCCGGAGACACCAUACGGCAGUACCCUGAUCACAGUGGGAGAGUAUCAGAAGAGACUGGGAGGAGCCGAGCGCGAGUUCCUCCACACAUCAGCCGCCACUUUCCUCACUCCUCUGCGCAACUUCUUGGAAGGAGAUUGGAGGACCAUAUCAAAAGAGAGACGAUUGCUGGAGAAUCGAAGGCUGGAUCUUGAUAUCUGCAAAGCACGCCUGAAAAAAGCCAAGCAGGCAGAAGCAAAAGCAGCAGCUGCACCUGAUUUUCAGGAGACAAGGCCUCGAAAUUAUGUUCUUUCUGCCAGUGCAUCAGCGCUGCUGAGUGAGGAAGUGGACAAAGCAGAGCACGAGCUUCGUGUUGUGCAGACGGAGUUUGACCGUCAAGCUGAGGUCACCAGACUGCUACUGGAAGGCAUCAGCAGCACACAUCUCAACCACCUUCGUUGUUUGCACGAUUUCGCCGAGGCUCAGGCCACUUACUACGCCCAGUGCCAUCACUACAUGCAGGACCUUCAGAGGGAGCUCAACAGAUGUGCUAAUGUCAGUGGUGCCACCAUCCCCUCCUCUGAUGCUGUCUGUCCCAACCCCGUCCCCUCUGCUUUCCUGUCUGGGUCAUCAUCUCCUGGGGCCAUUGUCUCUUCCACAUCCAGCCAGAGGCCUGGCACACUCACUAUGGAGCUAACACAGCUCCCUGUCACAGGUACAAGGAAGGCCAAGGUCCUGUAUGAUUAUGACGCCCACGACUCCAGCGAGCUUUCCCUGUUGGCUGAUGAGCUCAUUACUGUAUACACCGUACCAGGGAUGGACCCUGACUGGUUGAUGGGAGAACGGGGGAACGAAAAGGGCAAAGUCCCUGUCACUUACCUUGAACUGCUGAGCUAAUCUACUAAACAACAGAACACACACCCAAACACACACACACACACACACAGUUCACUUGCAAUGCCAGUCAUGUGCAUUUAGUACACUUAGUGUGUUCUGGUCCUUCUGGCUAUCUUACACGCUUAUGCAAACCUGUUGGAAAAAGUUUCUGAUGACUAACGAGAGGAGGAAGUUGCAGCAAACACUUGUGGGGAGCAUCAGUUUUAUUACAGACUUCCAGUAAUGUUUCACCAGAGUGUGAUGAGACCAGUUAAAGCUACAGCACUUACAGUUGCUCAGCAGUUCAAGUGCUUCUUUUUUUUUUUUUUUUUUGUGAAAACUGGAACUCUUGCAGUUUUUUUUGUUUGUUUGUUUUAACCACAUUCAUGAGGCAUUCAAAGUCCAAGAUCUCAUGCAAUCCAUUAAAGGAUAAAUGAUGUUUUGGAGAUCUGAGUAGAACCAAGUAGUGGCUAUUUAAACAUGUAUGUUUACAACAGAUG